CAGUGUAGGAUAAAGCAUAGGGUCAAGCUCUGUUGCCCUCUGGCACAGCUCCUCUAACUCCUAAGCACACCUACACAGCUCAGUAGCACCCUUGAAACAGUAGAUAGACUUCACCAUGAGUCUCACCUGGAUAUGGCCUUAUGGCCUGAGUAGCCUGUAUCUCUUGGCAUACUUACCCCUUAUUAUAAUCAUUGGAAGCUUGUUGGUAGUUCUCUACAGGCUUACCUUUCACCCUCUCACUCGCUUCCCGGGUCCGACCUUGGCUGCUUCUACUGGACUUUAUGAGGCUUACUACCAGUGUAUCAAAAAUGGCGGCGGGCGAUACUGGGCCGAGAUUCAGAAGAUGCACCAGCAAUACGGCCCCAUAGUUCGCAUCAACCCAUAUGAGGUUCACAUCUCAGACCCGGAGUGGAAUGCGGUAUACAAAUACUCGUCGAAGGCCUCCAAGCCACCAUGGUUCUACUUCCGCUUCUUCGGCAAGUUCCCCAGCACCAACGUAGCCGAGUCACACACCCUACACCAGCUGCGCCGCGCUCCGCUGCAGACCUACUUCGCAUCGUCCAACAUCCAGCGCUACAUACCGACGAUCACGGCCCAAGCCGAUAAGUUAUGUGCACGAUUACGCGCCGCGAGUGUCGGGAAUAGUGACAGAGGUGAGAAUAUCGUCAGUCUAAGUGAUGCAUUCCGGUGUCUCGCCACGGACGUAGCGACGGGAUUCGCGUUCGGGACGCCAUUUGGACAUUUAGACGAGCCGAGUUUCGACCGCGAGUUCAAUUCGAGUGUGAAGGUGGUUGUUAAGGCGAGUAUGUGGAGUAGACAUAUGUUCGGCCUGUUCCUACCUGUGCUGCAUAGCUUGCCCGAGAGCAUUGCGCGACGGAUGAAUCCGGCGUUUAAGAGGGUUAUGUGGAUGAAGGAUACCAUGAUAAAUUGCGUUCAGCGCUCAAUGAACAAGUCCGAACCCGCACCGGGGACUCCGCCGGAUAUGAUACAGACGCUAAUGGCCUCGGACCUUCCACCGGAAGAGAAAACAUUCCCGCGACUUUUCUCCGAGAGUCGCUCCGUCAUUAUGGCAGGGACCGAGACCACGGCCACGACGUCGGUGUGUAUCACGAGCAACCUACUUGGUGACCCCGCAAAAGUCCAAAAGCUGCGCCAUGAAUUGUGCAUCGCCGAAAAGGCAAAAGGGGGAGCUCUCGAUUACGCUGAUUUGAGGGAGCUACCUUAUAUCACCGGCGUGAUCAACGAGGGCCUGCGACUAGCAAAUCCGACGCCAAGCCGACUGCCCCGAGUCUGCGAGGACCAAGAGCUGACGUAUAAGCAGUGGGUUAUUCCUCGGGGUACUACAAUCUCAACAACAACCCAAGACACCCACAACUCCCCCCUCAUCUUCACCAACCCAUCACAAUUCCUACCCGAGCGCUGGGCUGAUCCAGCAGAGCGCAGACGUCUGAACAAGUACCUGCAGCCUUGGGGGCGUGGCUCGCGGCUAUGUCUAGGGACUGAACUCGCCACUAUCGACGUGUAUCUGGCUGUGUCGCGGUUAUUCGGGCCCAGCGCUGGUUUCGAUAUGCAGAUGUAUGAUACGGUGGAUGAGGAUUGGGUCGCGUAUCAUGAGUGGUUUGCUGGGUUUCCGAAGGGUAGGGGGUUGAGGGUUAGAGUUAUCGAGGUUGGGAAGGAGAAUGGGAAUGGAAAUACGUAACUUGGGGAAUGGCCAUCUGGGCGCUUUGUAAAGCACUGCGAUGGGAAUCAUUUGGUCGCCUGAACGAUUUGGGUUAUUUGGUAAAUUCUUAUGACUCAAGGUCCACUGUGUAUUUGGUAACGUGGGUGAGUUCAGGGGCUAACUUUUACGUCUUGUGUAACAUGAUGCAGCUGGAAUCAC